GUUAAAUUGCGUUAACAAUCUCACGAGAAAAUAUGAGAUUUUACUGAUUAUUGUUUACAUUGCAAAAAGAUCAGAACCGAACCGAAUCGAUCCGAAUUCGGCUGAAACGGCUUGCAACUUCCGAAACGGCUUGCAACUUCCGAAACAUAUUGGUUUAUCCCCUGUGGCGAGGAACGCGACUGGAGCCGAACUUUGUUUUGAUCGAGCUGAAAGCCAAGACCCGAAAUUCAUCUCACCACCGGGGGAGAAAAAGAUAGGGGGUAACUAACGCUAGCUUAAAGGCAUCUUUUAUACCUGCGGAAAACCGCAGAAUCUCGAGAGUCGCCAUUGUGUGGAAGGAAGAUAUCCGACGUAGGCACGGUAUGGUCCUCGGGGAGAGGGAUGUGAUGGGGAUCCCCGCCUAAAGAGUACAAAAAGGUGGGUUUGGGAUACCCGGAGUUGUCGAGGCCUCCGUGGGAAUCCUCCGUCGUCUACCUUGAACUAUACCGCGCGCUCCCGUGUCUUGAUUGUUAACAAUCAGCACGCGAGGGACGUGGCUGUGGAUGCGGCCUAGCCUGGGAGGGUCUGCCAAGCACCAGGGAAACAACGGGGACGGUUUCAGGGUUAACAGCAGGCCCUUCGAAGGACCGAGAAAAUAUUAAGUACACCAUGAUGGAAGAACUGCAUAGCCUGGACCCCCGACGGCAGGAGCUGUUGGAGGCUCGCUUCACUGGGGUUGGCGUAGCUAAGGGCUCAGGUCAGAGUCAAAAUGAGUCAUCCAAUCAGAGCCUGUGCAGUGUGGGCUCACUCAGUGACAAAGAGUUAGAGACUCCUGAGAAAAAGGCAAAUGACCAGAGAGUGAGAAAACGGAAAGCAGACCAGUUUGAUAGCAGCCAAGGCAAAGCAGGAGCAAGGGGGCAUAAAAUUAGUGAUUAUUUUGAGGUGCAGCAGGGCAGCCCUUCUUCUGUCAGCUCGGUCAACACGGAGCACUCGUCAUGUUCACUGAAGCCUGCUGCUCUUCACAUGCUACACAAAGCAUCACAGUCUGACCUUACUAUAGAGAAACUAACGGCAAUGGAGAACAACAAGAACUCUGACCUGGAGAAGAAGGAGGGUCGAAUAGACGAUUUGCUGCGGACAAACUGUGAUCUGAGAAGACAAAUCGAUGAACAACAGAGGAUGCUGGAGCGAUACAAGGAACGCUUAAAUAAGUGUGUGACCAUGUCUAAGAAGCUGCUGAUUGAAAAAUCCAAACAGGAGAAGAUGGCAUGCCGGGACAAAAGCAUGCAGGACAGGCUCCGACUAGGUCACUUCACCACAGUGAGACAUGGCGCGUCUUUCACUGAACAGUGGACAGAUGGCUAUGCCUUCCAAAACCUUAUCAAACAACAGGAAAGGAUCAACUCACAGCGAGAAGACAUUGAAAGGCAGAGGAAGCUGCUGGCUAAACGCAAGCCACCCUCCAUGGCACAGACUCCACUUCCAAGCCUGGAGCAAAACAAACGCAAAAGCAAAACCAAUGGAACUGAAAAUGAAGCGUAUGAUGCACUUGUUUAUUCAUCUGCUCUUUUACACCAGAUGUUUUCCCCUACGUUUCACUUAGAUUGGUUCUUGUGUUCUCCCAGGUUAUCACAGGCAGAGUACCAUGAGCAAGAGGAAAUCUUCAAGCUAAGACUAGGCCAUCUUAAGAAGGAGGAGGCUGAGAUCCAGGCAGAACUGGAGAGGUUGGAGCGAGUGCGGAACCUGCACAUUCGUGAGCUGAAAAGGAUCCACAAUGAGGAUAAUUCUCAAUUCAAAGAUCAUCCUACGUUAAAUGACCGAUACCUGCUACUACAUUUACUUGGACGGGGAGGUUUCAGUGAAGUUUACAAGGCCUUUGACUUAACAGAGCAAAGGUACGUUGCGGUCAAAAUCCACCAGCUAAACAAGAAUUGGAGGGAUGAGAAGAAGGAAAAUUAUCACAAACAUGCAUGCAGAGAAUAUAGAAUUCAUAAAGAGCUGGACCACCCACGAAUAGUUAAGCUCUACGACUACUUUUCACUUGACACUGACUCGUUCUGCACAGUCCUGGAGUACUGCGAGGGCAAUGACUUGGACUUCUACCUGAAGCAGCACAAGCUUAUGUCAGAGAAAGAGGGCCGCUCCAUUAUCAUGCAGAUUGUUAAUGCUCUCAAGUACCUCAAUGAGAUCAGACCGCCUAUUAUCCACUACGACCUUAAACCCGGUAACAUCCUCCUGGUGAAUGGCACUGCUUGCGGGGAGAUUAAGAUCACAGACUUCGGCCUGUCGAAGAUUAUGGAUGAUGACAGUUACAACUCAGUGGACGGGAUGGAGCUGACGUCACAGGGAGCAGGGACGUACUGGUACCUGCCCCCUGAGUGCUUUGUAGUUGGGAAGGAACCACCCAAAAUCUCAAACAAGGUGGACGUGUGGUCUGUAGGAGUCAUUUUCUACCAGUGUUUGUAUGGCCGCAAGCCCUUUGGGCACAACCAGUCCCAGCAGGACAUCCUGCAGGAGAACACCAUAUUGAAGGCGACAGAUGUACAGUUUCCCCCAAAACCAGUAGUCACACCUGAAGCUAAGGCCUUUAUAAGGCGCUGUUUAGUCUAUCGUAAGGAGGAUCGCAUUGACGUGCACCAGCUGGCCAGUGACCCUUUCCUCAUGCCCCAUAUUCGCAAGUCGGUGGCCUCCUCGGGCACCUCGGGCACAGCUGUGGCCUCCACAUCCAGCUCCUCCAACAGCAGCGCCUCAAACUGAGCCCAGGCACUUUGACUGACCGAACCAUUUGAAGGGGUGGGGGCGAUGCUGUAAUGUGUCCUCCCCUCCCAUCAGCAUCCCACCUUGCCAUGAAGAGCCCAAGAGAAACUGGUCAGAUGAUGGCAAAGGGUGGGUGAAAAGUCAUGGACAAGUUGGGAAGGGACACCCAUGUCACCAUUCAUCCCCCUCAUGUCAACUUACCCCAGCCUACCUCCCUGUCCUUUGCUCUAUAAAAGGUGGCAUUGUUCUGGGGGUCAAAGCCCUAGGCGACUCACGCAGCAAGGGGCGAGGUUUGGCACUGUGUUGGUGGAAAUUGGGGUUCAGUGUUUGGGAUUUUUCUUUUCUGCUUAAAAAAAGAAAAUAAACAGAA